AUGACAGAUAGUGCGAACAGUGAUUCUUCCGAAGGUGGCGAUGAAGAUGAGUUUGUGCUAGAGAUGCUUGCCCAGACUGUGGCGCGCCAUGUCCUGCCUCCACCUCACCCAAUUCCGACGCUACACACGGUGCCAAGUCACUAUCACAGUCUGGAUCUAGACGCCAUGCAUGAGAGGACUCCAUUUUCUGACACGGGUGAAGAAGAUUACAACUUAGACGAUGGGGUAGAGUUUCGGGUCGGCCACAUGUUCAAAUGCCGAGAGGCAGUGCUGCAGGGUGUGAAGAACUACAGUAUUUGCAGGAGUGCUGAGUACCGGGUGAUCGAAUCAGACCGGUUAAAGUACCAUGUGCAGUACCGUCAAGCUAACAAUGGGAGGUUUGAGAUAUGGCUGAAGCAAUACUGUUUUGCUGUGUUUAGGAAGGUUCGGAGGGUUGGUGAAGCGCACAGUUGUCUAGCACCCACCAUGUCUCAAGACCAUCGUCAGUUAGACAGUAGUCUCAUCUGCAGGGUCAUAUUGCCGUUGAUACAGUCCAACCCCUUUGUGAGUAUUCCAAUGUUGCAAGGUGCGAUCCAGGCGAGCUAUCACUUGAAACCCUCCUACAGAAAUGUGUGUAUGGCAAAGCAGAUGGCAAUUACAGAGAUCUACGGGGAUUGGAAAGAAUCGUAUAACAAGGUGUCGAAGCUGCUUCAGGCACUGCAGAGCUAUUUUUCUGGAACCAUUUGUGACCUACGUGUCAAACCAUAUGGUGGAGUGUUGCUUAUUGCGGUGGCGCAAGACGACAACAGCAACAUCUUGCCUAUUGCUUUUGUCAUUGUCGAGUUCGAGAGCACUGAGUCAUGGUCGUUCUUCCUUACUAAUCUGAGACGCCACGUCACCCCACAAGACGGCCUGCUGGUUAUCUCCGACAGAUCUCAGGUCAUCAAGGCUGCACUAAGCUCCGAUGAUAGUGGUUGGAAUCCCCCAAGAGCAUUCCAUGCUUACUGUAUCAGACACAUGGCUGCGAGUUUCAUGACUCGGUUCAAGUUAGACGAGGAAAAGAGAUACCUCAUAAAUGCUGCUUACAAUCCAAGCAAGGCUAGGUAUAAGUGGUGUCACCAACGCCCACGUCUCAGUGUGGUACCACCUACCGAAGUCACGGAAGCACCCCCAACGGGGUUCCCGUGUGAACGUAGGCCUAGAUAG